AUGGCUAUGCGCAACGUCGGUGUGAAGACUAGCCAAAUCAUGGACUAUAUGGUAAAUCAAUCCAGGUCUUAUGAGAAUGUUGGUUUCAUUUGUACGGAUCUGCACAACCAUAUUCAAGCCGAAUGUAGAGCAGAAGUUGAGGAUGGUGAUGUGCAGGGUGCGGUGGUUUACCUAUGUGCAAAACUUGAUGUUGACACACUUUUUUUUACAAAUUCGAAAUCGCGAGUUGACUACGCAAAGUUUGGUGAUGUGUUGAUAUUUGACUCAACUUACAAAACCAAUGCGUACAAGAAACCUUUUGUCAUGUUGGUUGGUGUGACUAACCACUUUAGGACCACGAUAUUUGCAUGUGUUUUGCUAGCUAAUGAGACAAUUGAUACAUACACAGGGGUUUUGAAAACAUUUAUGAAGGCGAUGGGCAAUAAAGCAUCUGUGUUCGUACUGACAGAUGGAGAUAAGGCGAUGCAAGAGGCAAUCAAAAGAGAUUCCAGACGCAAGAAAUCGAUUAUGUAA